AUGUCGUCGCACCCGCCCUCUGCCCUGGCAAAGCACCACUCCGAAUCCGAAGUCCCUCGAAUCUACACCUCCCGCCCCAAGCUCGACGUCCCUGCCAUUGGAGACGACGAGAGACCGCCGCCCGUCAAGUACAUCUUCCUCGACGAGACGCGUAAAGACUGCAUUGAAUGCCCGUCUGACGUGGUGCAGGAAACAUUCAAUGCGCGCUCAGAGUACAGCAACAGCGAAGAUGACGGCACUGCCCAACAUCGCAUCAACCAAUAUUUGGUAAAACAAGAAAUUGGCCGCGGGUCGUUUGGGGCCGUUCACCUUGCCGUGGACCAGUAUGGGCAAGAAUAUGCCGUCAAGGAAUUCUCAAAGUCCCGCCUGCGGAAACGGGCACAGUCAAACCUCCUCCGUCGACCGAGUGCCCGACGGAGAGCGCUUCCUGCAGGCAUAGGCUUCAACUCUCCCCUGCAUCGACACUCGACUACCGAAGAGAACAAUGCCUUUGAGCUGAUCAAAGAAGAAAUCGCAAUCAUGAAGAAGCUCAAUCACCCAAACCUCGUGUCUUUGAUGGAGGUGCUUGACGAUCCAGAAGAAGACUCGUUAUACAUGGUCAUGGAAAUGUGCAAGAAAGGCGUCGUGAUGCAGGUAGGUCUCGAAGAGCGCGCAGAUCCAUACACCGAAGAGCAGUCUCGUUGCUGGUUUCGAGACAUGGUAUUAGGCCUCGAGUACCUCCACGCCCAAGGUAUAAUCCACCGCGAUAUCAAGCCGGACAACUGCCUCGUGACGCAAGAAGACGUGCUCAAGAUCGUCGACUUUGGUGUAUCAGAAAUGUUCGAUAAAGAGGGAGAAAUGAAAACAGCAAAAUCUGCUGGGUCACCUGCAUUCAUGCCACCUGAGCUCUGCGUCGCGAAACACGGCGAAGUGUCGGGACGAGCUGCAGAUAUAUGGUCCAUGGGCUGCACGCUAUUCUGUCUCUUAUUCGGUAGGAUACCGUUCGAGAAACACGGCAUGCUCGAACUCUAUCAAGCCAUCAGAAAUGAUGAACCUCAGUACGACGAUUCCUGCAACCCCGAACUCCUGGAACUACUCAAGAGAUUGCUUGAGAAGGACCCCAAGAAACGGAUAACAUUGGAGCAGAUACGGUCGGAGAAUGUCGCUGUCAUCAUCGAGCCACCUACUGACGAAGAGGUUAAUGCCGCCAUCACAGGCAACAUGGGUCAUUUGGUGACAGUCGACACAGACAAUCGGCGACCGGUCGAGAGCGCACUCGCAACAGAAGGCGUGCACUAUGAGAUUAGGAUCGACGACCAGAACCGCAAGACACCUUCCAAAAUGGAUAGCAUGGCCUACGUGAAGCCAGGCUUUCGGGGAGAAGCACUUGGAAAGCGGCAAAUAUCAAGAGGACUAAGCACAAGCAGUCCCAACUCUCCCAGCCUUCCCGACACGAAGGUCAUCCAUGACAACAUGUCAUUUCGCCCUCCACCAUCACAAAGCACCACUCUACCUGGUGUAAUCACCAACUCCGGCCCAUCGACACCCACGCUAGGCAAAGGUCAUGCCCAUGACCCUCUUGAAGACACACUCUUCCUCAACAUCGGAACAGGUGAGGAUUCCGUGCCACAGCCCGAAGAAGGAUGCAUCGUGUCCGAAUCGCCCUCCAACGUAGACAUAAACGUCUACGAAGCCGCCUACGAAGAAGAAGUCCAGCGCAUCAUUGCCCAGCGAAAAGACCAAUACCGCCGCCCUACGCUCUAUCUCACACGCCGCGUCGAGAACGUCAAGUCAAUACGUGACAGCGACUGCAUCUUUGACGAAGGUCAGGAUCUCCGACGAGACAUCAAAGGCAGCUUUAAGAGCUUCGUCACCAAGACUAAAGAAGACAUCGAAGCCCGCGGCGAGCUGCAGAAGAUCCAGGAUGGGAAGGAGGGCAAGCUUAGUCGAACUAUGCGCAACGUCCGCGAGGCUAAGAGGCUGGUGGAGGAAGCGAGGGAACGCGCGAAGAUUGAGGAGAAGCAGCGCGAGCGCCAACGUAGUCGGAGUGCGACGCCUGCGAGGAAAGAUAGCUCUGGCGGCUCGGGCUUGAGCAGGAGUGGCACGCCCGUUGCUGUGGAGAAGUGAUCUUGAGCGUGCUAUUAGGGCGUUACGGGAGGGAAUAAAGCAGCACAUACAUCAGCUUCUGGUCGGGUCUGUCCAGUGGCUCAGAGUUUUUCCUAGGCACAAAUCACUUCGAGCGCAGUUGGAUCAGCGGCUUCGGCAGGUCCAACACUUCCUUUGC